GUGCGGCCGUCUCCUCAGUGCCCGCUGCCCUUAUGAGGCUGCCCGUCGCAGAGGCGCCUUUGGAGCAGCUGCAGCUCCGAGCCCGGGGCUCCGAUGGGGAGGACGAGGAGGAGGAGGACGAGAUUUUGGGCGAAGGCAACCAGAGAUCCCUCCGUCGGCAGCAGGAGCCCUCGAGCCGCUCCGGCGAGACCCCCGAAGUAGCCGCGCCCGCGCAGGGGCCUGCCGGGACUGGCGAUGCGGCGCAGGCGGGGCUCUGCAAGCCUCCCUACUCGUACAUCGCGCUGAUCACUAUGGCCAUCCUGCAAAGCCCGCAGCAGAAGCUGCCUCUGCGCGGGAUCUGCGCCUUCAUCCGCGGCCGCUUCCCCUACUACCGCCAGCGCUGCCCCGCCUGGCAGAACUCCGUCCGCCACAAUCUGUCGCUCAACGACUGCUUCGUCAAGGUGCCUCGCGAGCCCGGCAGCCCCGGCAAGGGCAACUACUGGAGCCUGCACCCGGCCGCGCGGGACAUGUUCCAAAACGGCAGCUUCCUCCGCCGCAGAAAGCGCUUCAAGCGGCCCCCGGCCCCGCCUCCGUUGCCCUCGGUCGCCGCCAGCCUGCUCCUCUUCCCGCCCUCUUGCCCCCUCGGCCACCCCGCCGCCCUGCGCUCCUACGCCGUGUGGCCGCCGGAACAGCAGGGAGCGCUGUGCUCCUGGCAGCUGGCGCAGGAGAGACGCUCCGAGCCAGCUCCGCAGGGCAGCACGUGCUCGUUUAGCAUCGAGAGCUUAGUGCUGGGCGCCAAAACGGCUCCUCCUGCUUCAGCCACCCAAUUCAGCGCGCUAAUCCCGCCCCCGGUGGCCACCACAUGGAGCCGUUGCCCGGCCUUGCUCUCCCGCCCGCUACGCCUCUGGCCCGCCGCAGCCAGGAGGACCUUGGCAGGAGCCGCCGGCCACUCCCCACCCUCCGCGCUUCUCGCUGCUCAGCCGGUCUCUGGGACGGGCGCCCCGCCUGUCGCUUUCUAAACGCGCCGGUGUUUCUUGUCCGAAGGCUGCGGCCAAAUGCGCUCGUUCGGGGUAUGCGUGGGCCAAGAGCCGACUUGGCCUCCUCUUCCCGCCUAGGCUGGCGAGCGGCUGCGGUUUCGCUGUCAAGGCAUGAUGAAAGCCCUUUGCAUACAAAACUCGGCUAGGCAUUGCUGUGACUUUGAAACAAUUAUUGAGCUCUCUGCAUUCCAGUUUUCUCCCCAGUGGGGGCACAAAGCAAGCAGCUCACGUCAUGACCGUCUCCAUUAAAUUGACGGCUUCCUAAACUUUUGCGAGGAAUUAAUCGGAUUAAUGUAUCAGCGACGAAGUCACGCUGCGUCGAGUUAAUCAAAGAUCAACAUUUGUCACAUGGAAUUUACAUGUUGGUUUUCUUUCGGGAAAUGUAUUAAUCUGACUAGAACGUCCAGCUAAAUAUGUGUGGCCUCUGUUUUCUUGGCAGUUUGCUAUAAUGCAAUGUAAAGGUGAUCUUGUUUUGAGUAAUAAAGUAUGUUUUGUUUUUCAUUUGAAUGCAUGCGGGAGACUGAAUAUGAAUUCAUCAGUUUAUGAAAGGGUGCUGCUCUGGGCUAAUCUCCCCCCUUCACUGUGGAAUGAAUUUGCUCCUUGUAGCCCUGAACAAGAUAUCUGAAGAAAUGUUCAUACUCCUGAAAGCUUAUACCAAGAAUAAAACUUUGUUGGUCUUAAA